GUCGGAUAAGAUGAUUGUUUGAUUGAUCAAUACGAUAAGGCUGGCGCGAUGGUUGUAAGCACCGUUCUACCGUCGUGAGUGAAGCAAUGUGUAAAACAUAAGAGCAAUCGUAAGUGUAUGUCUCCAAAGACACCAAUAGUCAAGGAUCUGGACGAUGGAUAUGAUAUAUUCAAGAGGCUGGAAGAAGAGAAUAAAAAGCAAUGCACGGCAAACCGAAGCCUAGUUUGCUCACGUGUGUGGGAGCAGUAAUCCAGGUAGAGGGUUUUGUGUGUACACUCUGCGAAAGCGAAAACCGGUCAGCAUCGAAUUUGGUAUGGAUGCCAGCCCCAAGAUCAUAUAUAUACUGUGUAUGCGAGAACCGAAAAUGUCGUGCGCCCAGUACCCCAGCUAUCAGCUAUGCGUUGUCGUGUCACGCUGUUGUUUGUGGUGGAGUAAUGAUUUGUAUUCUUUGUGUUGCACAGCAUCGACAGUCGUACAAUUUUUCCCAAAUAACUCUUAAAUAUGAUUGGAUGUGGCUGUAAAGAAUGAAAUUUGAAUUUGAAUUGGUUUGGUAGAAGUUGAUAUUGAUGGUGAGGCUGAACUGUUGUUGGGGAGAAGUGAUGAUUAAUGACUUUGGCCUUGUCGAUGGAGG